GGGCUAGAUGGCGAUGUGUGAAAUUGUCCAAAUAUAUUUAAUAUUUUUUCUCUAAAAAUGUAACUAAUAUGAGGUCCACUGCCAAAGUGCUAACGAUAACUUUCUUUUCAGCCUCCCAAAACUCCUUGUACAUCACAACGAAGCUAGCAGAGGUGCCAGUGGAGAAGAUCAACGGUUCUCUUGGCAUCACCAUCAGGGGUGGUCUGCCGGAGAACUCGGCUCCAAGCGCAGACCUGGUCCUGAACAGCAGGUCGCUGGAUGCCCAGCCUUUGGUGGUGACCCACGUCAGGCCAGGAGGCGCAGCGUACAACACAUCUAGGAUUAAACCGGGAGACAGGCUACUGAAGGUCGACCAUAUAUCGCUGACCAACAAAACACUAUCAGAAGUCCACCAAAUCCUCCAGAACUGUCCACAAGUGACCAGCCUUACGAUAGAGUACGAUGUCUCCAUCAUGGAGUCUGUGAAACUGGCCACUGGUCCCCUACUCAUUGAGAUCGAAAGACCCUGCAACGAAGACCUGGGUAUAUUCCUGACCAAUCAGAGGUAUUCCGACGAAGUAUACAGUUCUGGAUCGGACACUUAUCAGAGGGUUGGGAGUUGCAACGCCAUUUAUAUUGACAGCAUAUUGCCAGCCAGUAUCAGUGAUAGAUGUGGUGCUCUCCACCCCGGAGACCAGCUAUUGGCCUUCGACGACCACGUGAUAGACGGCAACAACUACACCGCUGAAGAGGUGAUGUGCUAUUUGGAGAACUGCGAGGGAGGCUUCACGAGGCUCCACGUGGCUCCGAGGCACGUGGUGGUGCAUGGCAGUGGCAGGUUUACAAGAGAAAACUCCAUAUCCGGCACGCUGAACCCCAAGAAACACCGGCAGCGAAACUACAGGCAAAGCUCGAUGCCCAAACUAGGCUUACAAGAUGAUUAUGACAGCCAACAAAACUACAUGAGCCUGGGCGUGUGUCGGACGGAGUCUCUGAACAUACAGCUCGAGGUGCCUCCAGGACAGAGCAGCGGACUGGCGGUGCAUGAGGACAAUGCUGCGCUGGUGAUAUCGCAUGUCGCUGCGCAGUCGCCGGCUUACAGAUCCGGCUGUCUACAAAUAAGGGACAGAGUUAUGUCAAUCAACGGCCAUGAAAACCUGACUGUUGAUGUUGCUAAUGAAAUUUUGCAAAGGCGGAAUGAUUCUCACAACCCAAAGUACUUGACUCUGAACGUUGAGUUCAGUAUGCCGAACACUAUAGAGGCGUCGAGUGGCGUGUUCAAUGUGAAAUUGGCGAAGACCACUGCGGGGCUCGGUGUUACUAUUACAGGCUGCAAACAAAAACUGCUCAGCAACGAAGAGCCGAUGGUGAUAUCAGACAUCAAGCCAGGGUCGGUGGCGCACCGGAGCGGAGCCUUGGCGCCGGGAGACCAGCUCUUAGCCAUCAAUGGGCAACCAUUACAUAAUCUGUCUUUGGACACCGCCUUCAACAUCCUACAAAAUUCUCCAGAAGAUAUCAUCACGCUAAAAAUUCGGAAGCGCGACCUAACCGAAGACUGGUCCAAUAUCCACAAGCAUAACGCAAAGUUGACACUACAAAGUUUUAGUAAUAUCGAAAUAAAGGCUGUCGUUCAUAGCGAGGUUGACUCUGGUCAUCACACAGAGAGUCCUAAUAAUAGUGCUAAAGAAAGCGAAAGAAGUCAUGGCAGUGAGAAUGGAAAUACAGCGGUGUUUACUGUAGAACUGAUCAAGCAAGAAAAUGGGCCUUUAGGACUCACUAUAGCGGGGAGUGAGGAUGUUACGCAGCCAAUUUUGCUAAGCGGGCUCGUUGAAGGGGGAGUAGCAGAGAAAUGUGGCAAACUGGCUAUAGGUGAUGAACUAUUGACAAUUAACGGUGAAAGUGUACUCAACAAACCUCUGUCAGAAGCGAUCAAGCUCCUGCAAUCGAGUGGUCAAAGAGUGCAACUGCAGCUGUGCAGGAAAGUCACAGGUUCAAUAGAGAGUGGCGAGUGCAGCGCAAGAGACUCAAGUCAUUCCACAUCAAGUCCAGGACUCUCUAACGACAGCGCUGUUGAGUCCUGGGAUCAGAACACGCCAGUCAGAACUAGCACCAAUUGUGGUAAUUCCGAAGUAAUAGAAUACGCAGUUCCAGAUAAAACUCGAAUAGCGGAAAAGCAAAUAUAUUCUCCUACUGACGAAGACAAACUCAUGGCUUCCAACUUCAACUCAGCUGCUCCGUACAGCGUCAACGAUCUACCUCUACCAAACUACUCAUUGAACAACUCGCUCAAAACGUUUCAUUACGAGAAUACGUGUAUCAUUCCCGAUAGUACAUUAAAGAAUAAACAGAAUAUAACGAGAGAGGACGAUGUCCAGCAAAUAGAGAUCCUAACCUCAAACAUGAAGGAUUGUCAGCUGCAUAACAUGGAGCGAGCGUCUUGCAAAUGUGAUUAUGUGCAGAUGGGUCCUUAUGGAAUGGUCUCUCCGAAGACCAGGAGACCGAAUUGGGACAACGAUUACUUGAACAAUGGGAUAUACACGGUGACGACACCACAAAAGUCGCCGCAUAAGCCUCCCAUGCCGGGAACUAGUUUUCAGUUCUCCACCAGUCCUAUUUAUGAGAAUGAAGUCCCAGGUCUUUACAGCAGCGAAACGGUAUCGCCCGCUCGUGGUUCCGUCCAUCACGUGAUCCUGUACAAAGAUGCCAUAUACGACGACUAUGGGUUCUCUGUGUCAGAUGGAUUGUACGAGAGAGGCGUGUACAUCAAUAGGAUCAGGAAAGGCGGCCCGGCUGACAUAGUCGGUCUGCUCAGGCCAUAUGAUAGGAUAUUGCAGGUGAACGGAACCAGAACAGUGGACUACGACUGCUGCCUGACAGUGCCACUCAUAGCGUCCGCGGGCGACCGGCUCGAGAUAGUCGUGCAGAGGCUGGCCACUUCCAGGGACCUGAAGAACCAAAGGCUGGACGAGUGCUCAAGCCCGAGUGACAGUAGUAUUGUGACUAAAACCAUUUAGUGCAAAACCCGCCUCUAGUGAAAUUACACCAAAGACUAUGAUACUAGCUGUAAGGACAAUCUAGAGUUGUAUUUCUAGGAAAAUCUCCGAAAAAACCGGUCAAAAGUGAACGGAUAGACACGUUUUUGAACAUAAAACUUUAUGUAUACGCAAGAAAAUGGCUUAAUUUUUAUUGUUUAAGUGGAAUAUUGUUUACUAACUUAAUGUCAGCCUCGUGCAACGGGUUUAUAUUCAAAUCAAAAGACCAGAAAAGAGAAUAGUGUUCAAUCAUUUAUUUAUCGGCUACACUGACAACAACGAUUAUUAUGAAUUAUUAUUUAAGUGCAGGGGAAUAAUAAACUCUGUCAUUUUACAGUCAAGAUGUAUUCAGGUGUAAAUACAUAAAAUAAGAAGAUGUUUAUUUAAAACCAGGCACAUUUUAGUACUUAUUAAUUAUUAAAAUUGUGUGUUCGGUCACAUUAUCAAGUCAUAUUAAACUUUACAUAUUACCAAAGUUUUCCAAAGAAAGAAUUAACGGUAUUUGAAAUACCCGUUUCAACACAAUUUGCUCUACAUUACUCUGGCAAGUGUCUCAAAAAUCAUUUUAAAAUGCUUGUGAAUUGGUAAUGUCUCUGUUCUUCAUUUUGCCUGCCAUUUUGUGUGUGGUUUGGGCUGUAAUAUUGACUAAUUAAUAAUAACUAAUUUAAUGUCAUAAUGUACUAUUAUGAGUUGACUUAUCAAAUUGUAAUAAUAAGCUAGUUCAUUUUCUAAUAACUUCAAGUAUGCCAGAUUAUAAAUAACUAGACAACAUAAGGUUUGCCAAUAAUUUAAGGAUAAGCCUAAAUUAGUGAUGUAAUCGCUAAACGACUAGAAUAGUAAUAAUAAUAUAGUAAAAUAAAAUUAAAUGUUGUAAAAGAUAGCUAAAUAAAUGUAUUAAUUUAAGUUUCGUAUUCCCAGAUGUGCCUAUAUGUCUAGUAUAUAAAUGCUGAUUGACCGCAUAUAAAUAAAUUUCCCUUAUAAAUAAUACCAGUGCUUUAUAAUGAAACUUGAUUGGUUUCGGAAAUGAAACGUCAACUGAAAGCAAUAUUUUCAGCUUCCAAUUAUAAAAACCCGUUCGUUUUGUCGUACUUUUAAUAAUAAUUGAGACUCUACGCGGUUGGUAAGGAAAUUGUUACACGAUUUCAUAAAUUUCUGUGGAUAUUUAAAUAAUGAACUGACUUUUUUCCUUUAUUUGUUCAAGAACAAAUAUUGCACGUAAUUUAUUUUCGAUUCAUUCGAAUGGUUUCAGUGUUUCCAUUCGACGAUAAAUAAAAAAGUAAGUUUAGUAAAAUACUUACACGCGUAGUUGGAAGUCGUGAUGGGCUGUAUCAAUCCAUCAUACAUAAACAUUUAUAAUAUUUAUUCCGGUGUGUCCCAAUCAUUGUAUCAUUUCCCCAAACAAAAAUAUAACAAUACUGUAGAUUCUUCGAAAGAUAUUUUACGUAUUUAUGUUCUUCAUAACUCGCCUCUUGCCUAAUACCUGAUUUACUUUGUAAAUGAUGAUGAAAAUCACGAGGAUUCUUCCCUGCAUUUUGGCUGCGAGCCAGAAAAUAUUUUCCAGCGCAGCCUGAGGGCACUCCGCACAAUCGUAUGAAUUUCUAAGAAUCCUAUUUGCAUCUUACAUCGGCAAAAAUUACAUUUCAGCUCGAAAAACGUCUACUCGGUCAAAUAAUGAAAAAGUUGCAAUUCAAAUGCAUUCAUAUUUAAAUGAUUUUAAAAGAUUUAUUUGAAUAAGCCUUAAUAUGAAAUCAAAGUUUCAACGUUUACCCAAAUAACUGCCUUUGGGUAAACGGGUUGCACCAUUUCACUUUGACUU